AUGAAUGGGGCAAUCCCGGUGGCUGAAAGACUGAUGUCUAGAGGAAUCAAAACGGAUCUGAGAUGUCAAAUCUGUGGAGUGGAAGGUGAAUCGAUUAACCACGUCCUCUUUGGCUGUUCUCUAGCAAGACAGGUUUGGGCCCUUUCUGACAUUCCCUCACCAGAAAAUGGAUUCCAUCCUAGUUCCCUUUAUCAGAACCUGGAUUAUGCUCUGAACAUUGCAAAGAAUGCUGUGGGUGAAGGUAAUGUAAGAAGAUCUGUCCCUUGGACCCUAUGGCUAUUAUGGAAAAAUCGGAACUCUCUAGUUUUUGAAGGAAUGACUUUCAUGAUAAAGGAGAUGGUUAGGAAGAUUAGGGAGGAUACUGAUCUUUGGUUUUUAGCCCAACAAGUUGAACAAGAGGAAGUAAGUGGUGUGGUUGCAAAGUCCACAAUCUAUAAGAAUUCUUGGCGACCUCCAGAUAAGCCAUGGCUCAAAUGUAACAUUGCCUCCUUGUGGGAUAAAGAGAAGAAAAGAGGAGGAGCUGCUUGGGUUCUCAGAAAUUCUGAAGGUACAGUUCUUCUCCACAGUAGAAGAAGCUUUAGUUUCAUGGACUCAAAAAAUGAUGCAGAGAUUUGCUGUUGGCGUUGGGCGAUUGAGAGUAUGAGAAGCCUCAAAGUUAUAAGAGUCAUCUUUGCAGUGGAAGCAAAGGACUUAGUGGAUGCGGUUUCUAGACCUCAUGCAUGGCCAGCCUUCAAGUAUCAAUCGGAAGUUAUUUUAGGUGAUCUAACUCAGAUUCCUUUUUGGAGAUUACUUAAAGAAAAUAGAAAUGCUAACAAAGGAGCUUUCCUUAUUGCUCAAAGUGUGAUAAGAGAGGAUCGUAGCCAAUCAUACGUAGCAUCAAGCUACCCUUCAUGGCUUCAUGAGGUGUUCACCGAAGAGAUGUACAUUACAUAA